AUGCACGGAACCACGAGCUACGCGAAGCUGCCGGGCGCAGCGGUGCCGCACAUUGGGUGCAAAGAGUACCUCAUGACCGUGGCCAGUCGUCUGUACUUUUCAAGCUUCUACCGAGUGGUGUACUGCUCGAUGAUCGCCUCGAGCCUCGUGUGCGUCGUCUGGACUGGCUUGAACGAGUGGAAAAUCCCGUCGUCGGUGGUGUUUAUUUCGCUCGAGAUCAUUGUCAGUACGUUGCUGGUGUGCGAAGUGCUGCUCCGGAUGAUGGCGUUCAAGAAGCGGUUCUGGCACAAGUGGUGCAACAUCUUUGACGUUGUCGCCUUAGUCAUGAGCUUAGUGUCGGUGGCCAUGUACUUCAACGAAGAAGGCGUGCUGGGCGAGCUGGAGGAAGUUGCAGCAGACUCGGUAUUGGCACUACGAAAUGCCGUGCAAUAUUUGCGAUUGGCGAUUUUCCUCAAGAAUCGGUCAGACCAGCCGACGACCAUUGGCCGAGACAUCGAUUUUGAACAGCUAGCUACGGGCCCGGAUGAUGAACGAGAACUGAUGCUAGAAGAUGGACAAGACCUGGUGCUGGACGAGGAACGCGAAAUGAUGCUGAACGCUGAAAGCGGCAUGGUCGUAGACAGUGAUGGAGGUGAAGAAACUCGAAUUGUAUAG